GCCCCGAAUCCCCACGCUCCCGCGGUUGGGAGUCCGGUUUGCUGAAGGCCGGAUGACUCGCGGAGGGCACUGUGGUGUGUGGGAGCGGGCAGGAGUGUGAGGACACCCCGGAGACGUGACUGGAGUGGCGCGUCCCGCAGCGGGGUCCCGGGUCCCGGGUCCCGGCUGCGCCCUCGGCCCGGAAGCCGCUGGUCUCUGCGUUCUGCCUGCCCUGCCCCAUCUCUCUUCAGAGAGCCCUGGGCUGAGGCCUUACCCCCAAAUCGCUCCCUGACCUUAGUAAACACUGCAUUAUUCUUCCCUGGACAACUGAGCAGUGCUAACCCUGCACUGUGUUUGGUUGUCUUGAGUUUCACAGGGACGGGAACCGAGUCUGUUUGCUGAUUGCAGACCUCCUGGAGCCUACACUAUAGGUAGUUAGGAAAUGUUUGUUGAAUGAAAUUUUGAAUUCGGCCAGUGGUCAGCCCUACCCUUACCUCAGUUAUAUUUCCACAUUGACAAUUUUUCUCAUACUUUUUCUAGCCCCUGAAAGGUGGUUGAAAGGCUUUUAGUCGUUAGCGCUAAUGAUUCCUUCUUAUGCACAGGGCCCUGUGUUUUCCUCUACGAACUUACAGUCUGUACAGCUGGCUCGCACCCCUUCUUUCCUUUCUUCCUCCUUCUCUCCCUCCCUUUUCUUCCAUUCUUGACUGCUUUUUUGAUAACAGCUAAAACUUAACUCUGUUUCUGUCUUGUCUUCUGUAAAAAACAAAACUGCCACUUAGGAGAAGGUGUAGCAAUGCAGAAAAUUUUUGAUUUUCACUUAUCUUUCAAAUGUAUUAAGUACAUUUUUGGCUCCAGAGGAUUCAUCCUUCUAGUAUUGCAGUGUAACUACUAUUGAAAUUAACUUUCCCACCAUAAAUUGGCUGACCGUUAAAAAUGUGUGUAAAAUGUGAUAGAUGUGAGAAAGUCUCCUAGGAAUUAGUUUCACGGUCUUCAUGUGGUGAGUUAUUCGCCCACAGUGGGAGUUGGCACCUUUUCAUUUAUUCUUUCUUGAAUUCACUUGUUUGCACACCUUCAUGGAAAACUAGUAUGUCCUUAAGCACUAUGAACUUAUGAGAGUAACGAGGCUUCUUUCUUUUUAGUGCCUAAUUCUGUCUUGAACUUUUGGAAACAAUUCCCUAAAGUCCAUUCAAAGGAAUCCUUUUAGUGUGGUCUUGUCACCCCUCUCCUGAUUGAGUAGUAUUCCCGUUCUUUGCCAUCUGCCUUUCUGUCUCCACUGCUGUCUUCCUUGGUGAUGCUCUUUGAGGCACUCCUAAAUUCCUUCAUUAGGGCUCAGUUGGGAAUUUUGAAAAAUGGACCUGUGCUGUCCCAUCACACCUUAAAGAAAUGGUAGUGGUCUGGGUUGAGAGUUCAUGGUUAAGCACUGAAUUCUGCUGGUGGAUCAGAGAAAGCCCAAAAAAGGAAAGGCUGAAAGGAAGAGAGCGGUUUCUUAAUAUUGAGAACACUGUGGACCCUUUAUCUGCUGUUAAAUUGAGCAUGACUUUCAAGCCAUGCCUCCUAAUUAAUUUAAUUCAGUGUUCUGGCAUCAAUAAGUAAUUGAAUUAUAAAAGAAUUCAGUGUAACUACUUAGGACAUUUUGUUGCUGAAAGGUUCAUUGGAGAGUAGAACAGUUCAGUGAUUGAAAUAGGGAUGUUUGAUGCUCACAGCUGGGAAUUAAGGUUAGGUAAGGACUUCUUAAUCAGACCACAGUGAACAUGCAGUAGGCUGCUGGCUACCACCGUCACCGAUGCUGUCAGUUGACUGCAGGAUGUGACUGUGAAGCCCAUUGGUUCUGUCUUGGCUUUCCCCACAUAAACUCCUUGUUGCUGAUGGAAUCAAGAGAACACUGCAGAGGGCUUGUAGUUCUGGUGAGAAGACAGCUCAGGAGCUCUCAGGCUGCUAACCCUAGGUCAGCUAUUAUGUAAGGCUCUAAGAUUGAAGAGGCUGAAUAAUUUGAUUCAGCUUAGUGAGAUUAAUUUAUGCUAAGAAACUUAGAGGAUUUAUCUGCAUGUUGUCCUCUGCAGUAGUUCUGGUAUGCUCAUGGUAAGAUGCAUCAGGUCUAACCGUCUCUUAGUGGUACAAUUAUGAGAGGCUCCACCCUAGUUUGAGAGAAGGCUGUAGCUAGACCAAAUCAGGGAUAUUCUGUUCAUCCCCAUGCAAAAUAUUCAGCCCAGAUGCCAGGCUUAAUGUCAUCAGUGCCAUAUAAAACUUUGUAUGUUUCUUAUUUGUAAGAGGCACUCCUCACUUUAUUUUGCAGGGAAGAUAAACUGAUGCUUAGACUGAUAAAUAACUGCAAGGCUCCAGCAUGUAUGGACCUUUACACUGCACCAUGUUCUUUGAUAGUGACGGCGCCCCUGUGUUAUUUAAACAGUUCUUAGCAAAGAAACACUUACCCAGAAAGAGAGCACUAAUGAGUGCUCAGAACAUGGAUGAGACCGAGUCUGUGCUUAGAACACUCCUGAAGGGGAGUGUGUGUGUGUGUGUGUGUGUGUGUGUGUGUGCGUGCCAGUGAGCUAGGUAAAGUUGGUAUUGUUAUAUAUCUUUUAUUUUCCUGAUGAGUCAUAGAGGUUAUAUUACUGUAGUUGGUGCUCAUUUAAUGUAGGAGUUGUAUUUUUGGAAAUUAUCUCAGAUAAAAAAGUUAUAAAACGAGAGGCAUAUAAAAGCUCUAUCACCAAGAAUGUUUGCAUAGAGUAGAUUUUUGUAUUUUAUUAAUGAUAAUGUUCAGAUUGAAUUGGACUCUUUGGCAAAACGAAUCAUGAUUAUCACACAUUGAGCCCUCUAAGUAUGCUCAGCUCUUCCCUGAUUUUCAGAACCAAGUCCAUCUCUAUAAAUUGAUUCAGCUUUGAACUUUUAAAGGAUGAGAUUGCUGGGUUUAACUUACUUUAUUAUUCCUUUUUCUUUUUUAAAUUUUAUUUUAUUUUAUUUCUGUUGUAACCACAUUUUAAACAAAUCCAGCCGAAGCAUAGAGCAAAGAUUUGUGAAUGCUGUGGUGAGCUACCUGAGAGUAAGAGGAAAGAAAAUCCUGUCACAUGAGGACCAGAAAACAACAGAGAGAAAUAUGAAAAUUGAGAAAGAUGGGACCGUGUUCAGAAUUCACACAAAAGCUGAAGGCCUUACAGAUGUGGAUAUACCCUUAGAGUUGGUGUUCCAUUUACCAGUCAGUUACCCUCUGUGUCUGCCUGGUAUCUCAGUUAACUCGGAACAUUUGACCAGAGGCCAAUGUGUGACUGUGAAAGAGAAGUUACUUAAGCAAGCGGAGAAGCUUCUGCCGGAGCCCAUGGUUCAUGAACUGGUUCUUUGGAUCCAGCAGAAUCUCAGGCAUGUUCUCAACCAACCAGAAACUGGAAGUGGCAGUGAAAAGUGUACUUUUUCAAUAAGCACGACUGUGGAUGAUGGAUUGUGGGUAACUCUUUUGCAUUUAGAUCACAUGAGAGCAAGGACAAAAUACAUCAAAACUGUGGAGAAGUGGGCUUCAGGUUUAAGGCUGACAGGAAGACUGAUGUUCCUGGGUAAAAUAAUUCUGAUUUUACUACAAGGAGACAGAAACAGCAUCAAGGAGUACCUGGUUCUUCAGAAAACCUCCAAUGUAGAUGUGGACUCAAGUGGAAAGAAAUGCAAAGAGAAAAUGAUUAGUGUACUGCUUGAGACAAAAGUACAGACGGAACACAAAAGGUUUCUGGCAUUUGAAGUCAAAGAGUAUUCAACAUUGGAUGAGUUACAAAAGGAAUUUGAAACUGCAGGACUUAAGAAGCUUUUCUCCGAAUUUGUAGUUGGGCUGGUAAAAUGAAAUAAAGACAAGAAUCUUAGUAAAACAGCAGUAGUUUUUGUUGUUGUUUUUGUGUUGGAUUGGGGGAGUGGCUAAUUGAAAUAGUCAUAAGAGAACGAUUUUAAAGUUUUCCCUGUAGCAAAAUCAUUAUAAUUUCAGGAACAAAAGCCAAUUCUGUUUCAUGGAAUAUUAAACAUGAAAAGAGCUUAUAUGUUCUAAUGUUUGCUAGGAAAGACUAGGUUCAAGAGAUGAAGCAUUUUUUGGAAGACAUAUUUAAAAAAAAUGUUGGUAGAUGAGCCCUUGUUUUU